AGAAAACCCCGGAAGUACUCUAAAUCAGAAUCAACUUGACACAGUAUUAUUAUUAUUGAACAUUAAACAGGUAGGUGCUUUUAAUUGACUCAUCCCGUAGAAAUAAAACAAUACUUUUGAAGACAAAUGGAUUCUUCCUUUGUGUUUACCUUAUGCUGCUACCUCUUGCAGCAAAGGUUGCCGUUUUUCUCUUAAGGUAGAAAAUGAUCUCAAAACUCCAAAUACCACCUGCAGUUUUUUAAAAAACUCACUCCUCCAAAGGACAAGUGUUACUUAGUUGUUUAAAGGCAACUUUUUAACAUGGAAGCUUUAUCGGGUUAGGGCAGCUCCAUACCUAUUGUUGGAAAUGCAGCUUUCUUGCACUUUCUUGCACUUUCUAAACACAAGGCAAACGAAAUGCACCCUCUUCAUACCGCUUCCCUCACCCAAUUUAAAGAUGGCUUUUCUAUUACUACGAACGGAGCCUGGGUCCCCAACCAAAGAUGGUGUAGGCAGCGUUGGGCUACAUAUGAAUCCCUCUGUCGCUACGGUGCCUCUACCUCUUCUCUAGGAAACCACGUUCAAAGUGCCCAGUUCAAAAAUGGCCACCUCCAUUAUUCCAAAAGGAAGUCCUGCCCACACCCAAAAUGGACGGAGCACUUCACCGAGGAGCCGCGUUUCCAAAGGACGCCAGUCCCGGCUUCAAGAUGGCGGAGCGCCGUUGGCGUGAGACGAGGGUUGGCUGCGUCACGUGACAGGCAGGACGGGGGUGUGUGUAUCCCCGUCGUGUGUCCCGGCGGAAGAGUGAAGGGAGUCGCCUGAAAGGUCGCAGCUGGAAGAAGAAGGAAAGCAAAGCGGCGCGGCCUGGCGCUGGAGAACCGGAGACACGCCAGUCACCACGGACACAGUCGGAACCAACGCGGGGGCCGGGGCGCAGCCACCCUCGCUGCCGCUGCCUCCGCCGCCACCUCCACCGAGGAUGUCACGCAGAAAGAGGAAUGCAGGCAGCAGCUCUGAUGGAACUGAAGACUCUGAUUUCUCUACUGACCCAGAGCACACUGAUAGUUCAGAAAGUGACGGAACCUCACGUCAGUCUGCACGUGUGACUCGUUCUUCUGCUCGGCUCAGCCAGAGUUCUCAAGAUUCUAGUCCAGUUCGCAAUCCCCCAUCAUUUGGAGGAGAGGAGCCAGUUUAUUCUACUCGGAGGGUAACUCGCAGCCAGCAGCAACCUGCACCUGUGACUCCCAAAAAAUAUCCCCUUCGACAGACCCGUUCAUCUGGAUCAGAAACAGAGCAAGUGGUGGACUUUUCUGAUAGAGACACUAAAAAUGCAGCCGACCAUGAUGAGUCACCACCCCGCACGCCAACUGGGAAUGCCCCAUCUUCAGAGUCUGACAUUGACAUCUCCAGCCCCAACAUGUCACAUGAUGAGAGCAUUGCCAAGGAUAUGUCCAUGAAGGAUUCUGGGAGUGAUCUGUCACAUCGUCCCAAACGCCGUCGCUUCCAUGAAAGCUACAACUUCAACAUGAAAUGCCCGACCCCUGGCUGCAACUCUUUAGGACACCUGACAGGAAAACAUGAACGACACUUUUCCAUAUCUGGAUGUCCGCUAUAUCAUAACCUUUCAGCAGAUGAGUGCAAGGUGAGAGCGCAGAGCCGGGAUAAGCAAGUCGAGGAGAGGAUGCUGUCCCACCGACAAGAUGACAAUAAUAGACAUGCUACAAGGCAUCAGGCACCAACUGAAAGACAAUUGAGGUACAAAGAGAAAGUAGCAGAGAUGAGGAAGAAGAGAAACGCAGGACUGACCAAGGAGCAAAAGGAAAAAUACAUGGAACACAGACAAACCUAUGGAAAUACUAGAGAACCCCUUCUAGAAAAUCUCACCAGCGAAUAUGAUUUAGAGCUGUUCCGACGAGCCCAAGCAAGAGCAUCCGAGGAUCUGGAGAAACUGCGACUUCAGGGCCAGAUCACGGAAGGCAGCAACAUGAUAAAGACUAUUGCUUUUGGCCGCUAUGAGCUGGAUACCUGGUACCACUCUCCCUACCCAGAGGAAUAUGCACGGCUAGGACGACUCUACAUGUGUGAGUUCUGCCUCAAGUACAUGAAGAGCCAGACGAUACUACGCAGGCAUAUGGCAAAAUGCGUCUGGAAGCACCCUCCGGGGGAUGAGAUUUACCGUAAAGGAUCCAUUUCGGUGUUUGAGGUUGAUGGGAAAAAGAACAAGAUAUACUGCCAGAACCUAUGCCUUCUGGCAAAGCUCUUCUUGGACCACAAGACUCUGUAUUACGAUGUUGAACCAUUUCUCUUCUAUGUCAUGACAGAAGCUGACAACACUGGCUGCCAUCUGAUAGGCUAUUUUUCCAAGGAGAAGAACUCAUUCCUUAAUUACAACGUUUCCUGCAUCCUGACAAUGCCUCAGUACAUGAGGCAGGGUUAUGGCAAAAUGCUUAUUGAUUUCAGCUAUUUACUCUCCAAAGUGGAAGAAAAGGUUGGCUCUCCAGAGCGGCCCCUCUCGGACCUGGGUCUCAUUAGCUACCGUAGUUACUGGAAGGAGGUUCUUCUCCGUUAUCUGCAUAAUUUUCAAGGCAAAGAAAUCUCCAUAAAAGAGAUUAGCCAGGAAACGGCUGUCAAUCCUGUUGAUAUUGUUAGCACUCUGCAGGCACUUCAGAUGCUUAAGUACUGGAAAGGCAAACACUUGGUCCUAAAGAGACAGGAUCUUAUUGAUGAGUGGAUCGCCAAAGAGGCCAAAAGGUCCAACAGCAAUAAAAUCAUGGAUCCCAGCUGUUUGAAAUGGACCCCUCCCAAGGGCACUUAAUUCAACCAUUCUCUCCAAGAAAUGAACACCAUCCCCCCCAUGUGCUGCAGCCACCACCACUAGCACCACCACCUUCUGUCCUUUCCUAGAGUUAGAAACUGCCUUUGGGAUCAUAAACAUGUCAUUGCUGUUGGAACCAACCCCUCUGUUUACAGAUGCUCCCAGAUGUGUCUCUUCUCCGUGGGACUGUUUGGACCCAGGCCUGCUGCUCACAGGACGAGGCUGGAAAGAUCAAUGGUAUGCAGUGCUAUUGUUGGCUGAGAAGAUGGGCAGUAAUCUCGUACAAGGCCUUUCUAGAUGCCACUCCAUCAGCUGUUCCUGGCUUUAUGUUUUCAGUGUCUCCAUGCACAUAUAGAACAUCACAGCUAAAUGUGUCUUUAUCUUUGUCAAGUUACUUCCUCAUAGCUGCUUUUGAGUUCAAGCUGACCACAAAUAGUCACUUGAAUUCAUGUUUUCUUUAGGGGAGGAAAGUCACUAUAGAACAGCAUCAGGCUUUGGCCAUUGUUAUGCCUUCUUGUUCCUGUGGCGUUUUGUUCUCAUUUGGGCUUCCUCCUAAUUCAAGGAAAGCUCCAUAUCCAGCUGCAAGAACAGAGGUCAGCAGCAGAGUGGUGGUUGCUAAGAAUGCCCUCUGCUGAAAGAUGCUCCUUUCACCAUCUUGUUCUCAUAGAAAGACUAGCUAAGCAUAUUAGGUCCUUUGUGGGAGAUGAGGCUGGCUCAUGUGGCAGUCCCAAAUCCCCGGGCCAGUUCAACAUCACUAAAUGUUCAGGGCUGGGGAACACUUGGUCUUCCAGAUAUUUUGGGCUUCAGCUCCCUCAGCCAGCAUGGCCGAUGGUAGAAAUCAUGAGUGCUGUCGUACAAAAAUAUGGACAGCCAAUGGUUCUCCGUCCCUUCUCCACGUGGUGGCAGUUUUAACUGCCUACCACUUUGUGGCAUUUUUGGAGGCCACCCUUCAGCCAUUUUGAAACCCUCUAUACAGAUAGCAGAGACUAUCCUAAGCUAAUGUCUUCUUAUGACAUCAUUCUGGCUGACAUAAGUGACAGCCACUUUUGCGAGGAGCAUAUAAGGUCACUGCUUCGGUGGUAAGUUUUUCAGCAUUUUGGCUGUAAACAUGCAUGGAUGAGAAGAGUCCCAGAAACCAUGGUGAGCAGAUGGCGUACCGAAAGCCUUUUUGAAAUAACUUCUACACAUUUUGCAGUCUGCUUCAUGUUUGGGGGCUACCUCAAGAUGGAUGGGUGAGUGUGCCUUGUACUUUAUGAUCUGCUUCCAACUGGUCUGUUUGCUGAAGAUACUGCUCCCCUGGGGACUUCAUAGCCGUCCAGAUAGCCACUUCAUAGUCUUUGGCCUCGAUCUGGUGUGACUGCCGACUGUCAAAGCGUGUGUGAAACACAACUCAUUUUUAGCUGGACUUCUUUAAACACCACCAACAACAUUGUCUCCCACCUCGUGACAAGAUGGACUGCAAUUGAAAGCCUGAUCCUCUCCAGUUUGGGUCAUUCCUCAAGCACUCCUGUGGUUGGCUUUUGUGUUUCGGUUUUCGUCUUUUCACUACCAUCCAAAAUCCACCAAAAAUAUAUUUCAAUGCACAGAACUGGCCAUCUGUCAUUGAUUGCCCUUGGCUUCUAGAUACUAACAAAUGGUGUGGUGGCACUCUCCUUUGCGGGGAGGGGAGAUGGGUCAUUCUUGUACAAAAGCAAGUCUCUCUGUUUCCUGGCUAUGUUAGCAUAUGGUAUCAUUGUAUCUACUCCUCAAUAAAGCAUGUUCUUCACUGUAA